AUGAACCGUAGAAGUUAUCUCCAAGUUGCUGGGGUGCUUCCUCGAUCGGAUGGUGCUGGUGAAUCCACUUACCACGUGGACGACUUUCAGGACUCCACGGGGACUCUUUCAGGGCUGCUCGUGCACUGGGUGCUUCUUCCGCUGCGCCUUGCGCUGCGACUCUUAGCAUCGCUCAAGGAGCAGCAGCAGAUAGAGGAGAUCCUCGCGGUCUUGGAACAGCAGCUUAAAGACGCGACUGCGGAGGAGAAUUACCGCGAAGCGGCUCGUUUGAGGGACGCGAUUCGGGAAGUGAAAGCGCGGGAUCCGGUGCGACGACUGCAGCAGCAGCUGGAAGCCGCGAUCGCCGGGGAGCGGUACGAGGAGGCGGCGACGCUCAAGGAGGAGCUUGCGCGAAUCGCCCCGCCCCCGCCUCCCGCGCCCGCCCUCCCCGCUUCUUCCUGCACCAGCGACACUCUCACUGAGGGAGUGCGAGUGGUGGUGCGCAGUGUGUAUGUGCGGCACCGCAGUGACCCCGAACGCUCGCACUUCUUCUUUGCAUACCGCGUGCGCAUCACCAACGAGGGCUCUCGCGUCGUGCGCCUCGUCAGCCGCCACUGGCUCAUCACCAACGGCAAGGGGCGCGUGGAGCAUGUCAGGGGCCCUGGAGUGGUGGGACAGCAGCCAGUGCUGCCACCAGGGGCAUCAUUUGAGUACACGUCUGUCUGCCCUCUAGACACUCGCAACGGAGCUAUGGAAGGCGAGUUUGAGAUGAUGGACGUUGCAACAUCAGCUGCUUUUGAAGUCAAGAUAGGCGCGUUCGCCCUUGACGUGGAUCAGGAUGGCUUCUGA